UUCGUUUUUUUCCCCUCCCACCGCCGACCCAUUCUCUUCGCACACGGCGGUUGCUCUCGCCGCCGACGCCGACGCCGACAAACAACGAACCCCGAACCGCCCACGGCCACGGGAGUUGAGGCCGCGACGAGCUCCAGCUCCACCCGCCCGCCGCCGUGCACCGCCGAUCCGCACGCAUCGACGACCCUUUGCCUUUGAUCCGCCCCCGUGCGCAUCGACGAUACCAUUAACCUUUGCCUUGAAUUCACCGGGACGGGUAGAUCCAGUGUGUGGUGAGCUGUGGCUGCAUAUAAGGAGCUGUGGCCUCCUCCGCUCUGAAUACGAAGCGACAAGAUCUGGCCUUCCUUCUGUAGUGGUGGUGGUGGUGAUCUGGUUCGCAGUAAUCAGGCAAGAUGGUGAAGAUCUGCUGCAUCGGAGCUGGCUAUGUCGGCGGCCCAACCAUGGCUGUCAUUGCCCUCAAAUGUCCAGCAAUCGAGGUGGUGGUUGUUGACAUUGCCAAGCCUCGCAUUGAUGCCUGGAACAGCGACCAGCUCCCGAUCUACGAGCCUGGUCUCGAUGAGGUCGUGAAGGAAUGCAGGGGCAGAAACCUCUUCUUCAGCACUGAUGUGGAGAAGCAUGUCGCUGAGGCGGACAUCAUCUUCGUAUCUGUCAAUACCCCCACCAAGACCCGUGGCCUUGGAGCCGGCAAGGCUGCUGACCUUACCUAUUGGGAGAGUGCUGCUCGGAUGAUUGCCGAUGUCUCCAGGUCUGACAAAAUCGUUGUUGAGAAGUCCACUGUCCCUGUCAAGACUGCAGAAGCAAUUGAGAAGAUCUUGACCCACAACAGCAAGGGCAUCAACUACCAGAUCCUUUCCAACCCAGAGUUCCUUGCAGAGGGCACUGCAAUCGAAGAUCUCUUCAAGCCUGACAGAGUGCUUAUUGGUGGCCGGGAGACCCCUGAGGGAAAGAAGGCUGUUCAGGCUCUCAAGGAGGUUUACGCCCACUGGGUUCCUGAGGAGAGAAUCCUCACCACCAAUCUGUGGUCUGCUGAGCUCUCCAAGCUCGCUGCGAACGCAUUCUUGGCACAGAGAAUCUCUUCUGUGAAUGCUAUCUCCGCGCUAUGUGAGGCCACUGGUGCCAAUGUGUCCGAGGUGGCUUAUGCUGUAGGGAAGGACACAAGGAUUGGUCCCAAGUUCCUGAACGCAAGUGUUGGAUUUGGUGGCUCCUGUUUCCAGAAGGACAUCCUGAACUUGGUGUACAUCUGCGAGUGCAAUGGCCUUCCUGAGGUGGCCAACUACUGGAAGCAGGUCAUCAAGAUCAACGACUACCAGAAGAGCCGGUUUGUCAACCGCGUUGUGUCAUCCAUGUUCAAUACAGUCUCUGGCAAGAAGAUUGCUGUCCUUGGCUUUGCCUUCAAGAAGGACACAGGUGACACCAGGGAGACACCUGCCAUUGAUGUGUGCCAUGGACUGUUGGGUGACAAGGCUCAAAUCAGCAUAUAUGACCCACAGGUAACCGAAGAUCAAAUCCAGCGGGACCUUUCCAUGGCAAAGUUUGAUUGGGACCACCCAAGGCACCUGCAGCCAACCAGCCCUACUGCAUUUAAACAGGUGAGUGUUGUCUGGGAUGCAUAUGAGGCCACCAAAGGUGCUCAUGGCCUCUGCAUCCUCACUGAAUGGGACGAGUUCAAGACCCUGGACUACCAGAGGAUCUUUGACAACAUGCAGAAGCCCGCGUUCGUCUUCGAUGGACGCAAUGUGGUUGAUCCAGAGAAGCUCAGGGAGAUUGGCUUCAUCGUCUACUCCAUUGGCAAGCCGCUUGAUGCAUGGCUCAAGGACAUGCCUGCGGUUGCGUAAAUAUCCCCUUGUGAAGUGCUCAACUGGAGCUUAAGAUCUUGGCCAAAAGGAACUCGUGGUCUACUAUUUGUUAUAGUUUGUUUUUUUGCAGGAGACACUACUAUUUUCUCAGGCAUAAGGUUGAAUUUCUGUUGGUAUCUCUGUCAAAAAUUUUCAUGUUUGUGGCUUUGCGCCUUUGUAGAUCUGAAACCCUCAAGCCUCUGCUGUAUGAGUGCUGCCAAAAGUACCUUUGUAUGACAAGAACUUAUAGCUGAUGUGUAUCUCAUUGUAUUUGAAUGUCGCCACAGAUUAAUAAUGCAUUUUUUUUGCCAAAAA